AUGAUGCCCAAAAAGCCCACAAGAGCUACGCCUAAAGUUUCGUUCCACAUUAGCUGGCCUGGUCGUGAUGAAGGCCGCGGAAAGUGUCCGACAAUCCAUCGCCUUCGUAGCCUGCCUCCACUGUCUUGGCCAAUACAGAGGGGCAUCGAUGGAUGCCAUCCCGCAGAGAACGAGCAUCCACCUGGAUGGGCUCAGUCCAACAUCCCAACAUGCGACUGA